AUGGUUCUAUUGGCUUUAAUUAAAACGGAGGCGAUUGUUCCAGUUCUAGUCUCUCAUCACUAUAGCUAUGAUAGUCUGAGUUCUCGUGGUCGUGGUGUUUGGAGUAUCAACACAAGCACAGUAACAAAGCUAUCGAGUGCCUAUAUUCUUUAA